AUGCGCGCGAAAACUGCCGAGGAGGAAGUGCCCAAACUUUCUCCUCGUAAAGAUCAGGCCUCCGACACUGAACCCACCGCGACCGUCCCUACCACAGCUUCGUUCAAGGGUCAAUUGUUGAGAUUUCAGUACAACUCAACCACUUCCGCCAGCGACGAUGCCAGUCCCAAGUCCCCUGUCUCCGUACGUUCCCCAAAGCGCACGCGCACCGCCGUGACAAUCGCCGCCACCACCGACGAUGGUUUGACCGAGCCGUCUCCACGUCCCCAGAAGAAGCGCAAAUCAAGCAGCUAUGCGCCAUCCUCUAGAUAUGCACACCUGUCACCUCUAGUUGACAUUCUUGAGCCGAAUUUGAUAUGCGUCUUCGUGGGCACGAACCCUGGCGUGCAAACCGCGACCGCCGGCCAUGCCUACGCUCACCCUUCCAAUCACUUUUGGAAAUUACUCCACGCAUCUGGUCUCACCGAUCGGCGUCUUUCGCCCACAGAAGACCGCUCCUUACCUGCGAAAUACUGUAUGGGCAACACGAACAUCGUUUCGCGCCCAUCGAAAAACGCCGCUGAACUCUCAAAGGAAGAAAUGGUAGCUGGUGCUGGAGAAUUGGAGGCUAAGUUCCGGGAGUUUAGACCGGAGGCGGUGUGCAUUGUAGGCAAAGGGAUCUGGGAGGCGAUAUGGAAGUACAGAAAGGGUAGGGCGGUACGAAAGGAGGAAUUUCGAUAUGGAUGGCAGGAUGAGGAGAUGAACAUGGGUAAGAUUGAUGGAGAAGAGUCUUCGCCAGGGAGCAGAGUGUUUGUCACAACGAGCACGAGUGGACUCGCGGCGAAUUUAAGACCGGCGGAGAAGGAAGCUAUUUGGAGGCCCUUUGGGGAAUGGGUGCAGAAGCGAAGGGAAGAAAGAGGGUUCGUGCCUAGAAAAGAGGAAGGUAGUGUACAAAAAAAAUAG